AUGGCGUGCGACGGCGGCGCGAAGGAGCAGGAGGACCCGAGCGCGGCGCCUGCGGCCCCGGCCGUGGUGGUGGCGGCGGCGAGGGCGAGGGCGCUGCGGCCGCCGAGGCCUCGGAGCCGCAAGGGGCUCGGCGUGCGGCACCCGUUGAAGCACUGCCGGUUCUUCGCGGCGGUCCAGAUGAUGGCGAAUGCCAGGGUGAGGGAGGCGGGGGAGGCGACCCUGGUGGCCGCCCUUGCGGCGGCCCAAAAGGAGAGCGAGAGGGAGAGCGAGGAGGUGCCCGACGUGCAUGGCGGGUGGAAGAGUGAGGAUGGGAGUUUAAAUUGUGGAUAUUCAAGCAUUAGAGGUAGAAGAGCAAGCAUGGAAGACUUCUAUGACAUAAGAUCAUCUAGAAUUGAUGAUAAACAAAUAAACUUAUUUGGAGUAUUUGACGGUCAUGGAGGUACCCGUGCUGCUGAGUAUCUGAAGAAGCAUUUAUUUGAAAACCUCAUGAAACAUCCAGCUUUUGUUGCUGAUACUAAAUCUGCUAUAAGUGAGGUCUAUAAAAAAACUGAUGCAGAUUUCUUGGAUGCUGAAGGCAAUAUUCAGGUUGGGUCAACUGCAUCAACUGCAGUUUUGGUCGGUAACCAUCUAUAUGUGGCAAAUGUUGGUGAUUCACGGGCUGUAAUAUCAAAUGCAGGCAAAGCUAUUGCACUCUCCGAUGACCACAAACCAAACAGAAGUGAUGAGCAGAAACGGAUUGAGGAUGCUGGAGGAAUUGUUACAUGGUCUGGAACAUGGAGGGUAGGUGGUAUUCUUGCAAUGUCCCGGGCAUUUGGCAAUCAUUUGUUGAAGCGAUUCGUUGUUGCAGACCCUGAGAUUCAGGAUCAAGAAAUUGAUGGUGAAUUGGAGUUUCUGAUUUUGGCUAGUGAUGGGCUGUGGGAUGUGGUGUCAAAUGAGCAUGCUGUUGCAUUUGUUAAGGAUGAGGAUGGCCCUGAAGCUGCAGCCCGGAAGCUGACGGAGAUCGCCUUCAGGCGGGGGAGCACUGACAACAUUACCUGCAUUGUUGUAGAAUUUCGCCAUGAUAAUAUGACUGAUGGUUCUCCCCCAUCAGCCGAUCAAAGUUGAUUUCAUCAUUCUUUUCUAAUUAUUCCAGAUUUGCUGGCAUUGUCACCACAUGAUGUAGCGGCUCGAAUGGUUUCUUCAUUGGCUUUGCCCUGUGAAAAAAGGGGGCAUUUUUCCAAGA